AUGACUAUUGCUGCAUAUGCGUAUGAAACAAAUGAAGCAAGAAGAGCACAUGAACUAGUAAACGAAAACUCAACUUUAACCAUUGAAGGCAAUGAUUUAGUCAUUGACGAUGGAAAAACUAAAAAAGUCAUUGAUUUCGAUACUUUUAACACUUAUGACCCAUUCAUUACAACAAGCAAGGUUCCUAUCAUAAAUGAUGGAACGGUGCAAUAUAUAAAUUCUACAGUAGAUGCCUCAUUAGUGAAAGUACUGAAUGUUCUCAUUGAAUUGUUAAAGAGCUUUCGAUUUGACGACAACAUUAAAUGCCUAAAGAAUUUAGUCAUGAAUGAGAAACAAAUUCUCGGCGUUGCUGGUAGCAGUAAUGAUGUACACCUUAUGACAUUAGAAUAUUAUAACGAACAUAAAGAUGAACUGAAAGGAGAGAAGGGUGACACCGGACCUCAAGGACCACAAGGAAUACAAGGAAUACAAGGAAUACAAGGAAUACAAGGACCUCAAGGCGAAAACGGUUUGGAUGGAAAGGAUGGAAAGGAUGGAAAAACUGCUAAAUCAUGGAUAUGGGACCUUAUAAAUACUGGUUUAACAGCUGCUUCAUAUGGAGUUCUUCAGUACCAAAUCGGAAAGAUAUGGGCAGUACUUGGUGAACAAGUUUUAGAUGACGUUAAAAAUGCUUUGAACUUCAUUUCAAAUGGUUCGGAUACUAUUAAAACUUUAUCUGGUUGGAUGCAAGAAACAAGGAGUCAAAUAGAUACUGUAAGACGUAUAGCAAACAAUGCACGUACGGGAUUGGAUACUUUACGAGAAGCACAAAGUACACUAAAGGAAGCAAAUGAUAUUCUUGGCUCAGUAUCAGACAUGCAUGAAGAUUGGCUUAAAGGUAUUGACAAAUCUUUAAAAAAUCACAGUCAGUCUAUUGCUGACUACAAGAAAAGUAUAGAUUUUUUACAUAGUGCUAUGGACGUACAUGAUGGAAGCAUAAGGAACUUACUUAAUGCUAACAAUAACUUACCAGGAACUAUUAAAGCAUUUAUAAAGUCCUUUGUAAAACCUGGUGCUCUAACAUUUAG